UAAUCCCCAUCACAAGAGGAUUGAAGAGGAUUAAGGUGGAAUUUGACUUACAGGGAUUUAAUCCUCCUUAAUCCAUUCCAAUCCCCUUCAAAUCUGUUGCAACCGAACAAGGCCCAAAGGAGUACGGGUACUGUACACCAAGCUGCGGCUAUGCAUGUUUCUUGAAGACAACAUGGGAUUGGACGCCAUCUACAUCCUUUCUCGGCUUUCGGUGCACCCUACCGAUCUCAAGGAUUUCCCCAGUGUUGACGGGAAUGGUUCGAGGCAGGAGGCUGAAAACUAACCCAGACCCGCUCGCUGGACAGAGCAGUGGCCAUCCGUUUCUCCGCGUAUCUCUCGUACCUGCCCUCUCUCUGUGAAGGUACGAAUGAGAAUGACCACGUGCAAGAUUGGUGAUUAACAAGGCGUGCCUGCCAUGCCGAACUAGUGGCAUCGGUAAGAACAACGAGGGUUCCAAAACCCGGCCAUACAGCCGAUCAUCUAAGUUGUCACUACUAAAUUCUAUCGUCAACAGUGAGCGCCUUGGAGCUCGAGUCAUGGCUAAACCUGCAUUCCACGUACCCUCUUCUUCUUCUUCUUCUAAAGUUGCCUACACGUACUCUGGUGCCGCUAUAUAUGGGCCCGUGCCAUCCAUCAGUUGGCUACCGUGUCCACUCCAUAGAAUUCCUCAACUUUUUGUUGCAAGAGAGCACCACAAGCACCUCAUGAGGGUACGCACGCACCGCGCAAGCAUUCUCUUCUGUGUUCGUCUCAACUUGUGACUCUCAAUGAAUGGCAUAUGAACAGGAGGCUAAUUCUUCUUGUUUUUGCUGCCUCAGGAUUUCAGCCGGGUGCACACCAGGCUUCACGGGUCACAUUGCAGCAACAGGAGAUCAGGGUUCGGCGCACGUUGGGGUCGACGUAAGUGGCACGCUCAACCUCUCUACAGCCUGAGAAUAUUCAGUGCAUAAUUUGACACUUCCACUGGAAAUCACAUUUUCUCUCCAUCUUGCAGCAGCAGCUGACAUUUCUGGUUACGGUGAACCUCAUCAGGAUGACGAGCUCCGCAGCAACUGGUGCCCGGCAGUGCUGUCGAUCGGGACGUUCGGGACAGUCAAAGGCCGCAGGGGCGAUCUGCAGAAGAUGCAGGAGGAGCUCACAUUGCUCAUGAGCGCCAAGGCCAUGGCCGCAGCAGCGGCGGAUGGAGAGGAAGACAAGAGUCAAAACCUGACGCCGAAGAGGUCCCCGAAUAGAGGGAUGGUCAAGCACAGGUCCUUCAGGAAGUUCAUGUCAAUUGCCUUCAGCAGCUUCCUGCCCAGACCAAUCUUCAGGGGAACGACGCAUGAACCCAAACCCACUGAGGUACCCUGGCCAUCGCCCUAUGACGACAUGCCCGGCGAUAACUGGGCGAUGUCAGAGGCAACGAUCAAGAGCUACCGCACGGCGCAUUUGCCCUGGAGAGGCGUAGCGACGUGUGAGGAACAAGGGUGCAAAUGGAUCAGAACAGAUUCAGAGUGUAAGCUUAUCUUUGACAAAGUGCCAAUGCUUGCGAGCUGA